AAGGUCAUGGAUGCAUGAGGGCAUGCAGGGUGUCACAGUGGGGCACCCAGCCAAUCAGGCCUGAGUUGGUGGACAGGGGGAUCACAGCAUAGCGCUGAAUGCUGAGGUUCUUGCGCAAGGACGCGGACGCAGGGUCGUUGGCCAGCAGUGUGUUGACCAGACCAAACAGCUGCAUGACUCUCGUCCUGCCUCAGGUCCUCGUGGCCCUUCAACAGGAACAUGAACUCAUGGCCAUUACUACCCAUGAUGGUGAGUUUGCGUGGGCGCUGCUUGGAAGUGAUGACCUGCAGGGAGGGGGCGAUGGACUGGAUGCGUAUAAUAGGCUGGUUGGGGUUGUAACUGCCAUCAGCAGCUUUGGAGACACGUAUUGUAGCUCCAGGGAGGUCAGCUGUGGCAGCUGUUCUAGCUGUGCUAUAAACGUCCUAAAAACUGUGGAUUUAAGGGUUAAACUGAUGGACAUUUAAUGAAGAUACUCCAGAAGUUCAGAACCUGUCCUGGUUCUGGCAGGAGAAACAGGUUCCUGGUCUCUGUGGGUUCUCCUGGUUGAACAAAGGUUCCUAAUAAUCACAAUGACAUUAGGAGAGCCGUCCUGAUCGGAGCGUUUGCUGCAGAGAACCCUCCCCUUGCUGAUGUUUUCAGAUUUACAGCUUCCUGUAGUCCUCACCUCACCCCACACCUCCUGCUUCCUGACUGCUAGCCACUCCUCCUUCCUCUGCUACAGAAGCUCUCAGCUGAGCGGCAGCUUCUCACAUCUACAGGUGUCCUCGGCUGGAGGAGAUGCUGCUGCUGCUGCUGCUGCUGCUGCUGCCGGCUGGAACCCAGGAGCAGAGUGGAGACCGAGAGCCUGACAUGGAGCCCAGGAUCAGGUGCAGCUCCCACAUCUCCACCUCAAGAUGCAGUCUGACCUGUGAGCUGCCGGGAGGCGGCAGCGACGAUGAAGAUGCUGAGGAGGAUGAAGAUGGCAUCGAGAGCAUGAGCGUGUGCUACACCGACUGGUUACACCAGGACCCCCUCUGGUGUCUGCAGGAACCCGGAAACACCAUCAGCUCUGAACACCUGAAGCCCCUGAUGGAGCUGAACCUGACUGUCUACCUGAGGAGAGGACUCAACCAGUCCAUCACCGUCCGCCCGAUGGACAUCGUUAAACCGAGGACUCCUCAGGUGUGGAACGUCACCUUCGACCAGGACCUAAACCAGGCUGUGAUCCACUUCCGGACUCCUGACAACAAAGACUACCUGAGAGUGGACAACCAGGAGUUCCAGCUGCACAUCCAGACGGUGGACAGCACCAUGAUUCAAAAGGUUUCAUCAAAGGACUUCCUGCUGAUCGACAUGGACCACCUCAGAAAGCACACCAAGUAUCACGUCAAAGUGCGAGCCAUCCCUCGGACGUUUAAGGGCAGCUGGAGCAAGUGGAGCGAGACCUUCAGCUUCUUCACUCCUGCUGGUAAGAAAAAGGAAUUCUCUGUGUCUCCAGAGAAGAAGCUCCCAGACCAGACCUACAUCCGGAUCAUGUGUCUCGUCUCCGUGCUGGUGGUGACUUCCAGCGCCGUCAUCUGCUGGAAAAACAAAAUAUUCUCCUACAUGUGGCCCAGCAUCCCGCAUCCCAAACAGACUCUGGUCCAGAUCUGCAAACCAAACAAGGGUCUCCUGCUGAACUUCAAGCCUGAGGUGUUCAGCACUCUCAAGGUCUACCCGCUGGAGAAGCCGGCCUGUGAGGAGAUGGAGCCUUCGAUUGGUCCUGCUGCUGCUGACAGUGUUCAGCCCAGUAGCCCCAGCUCCUCCCACAGCUCCUCCCACAGCUCCUCCCAGAGCUCCACCCACAGCUCUGGCUGCAGGAGCUCCGCCAGUGUCAGCACCGAAGAGCUGGAGCUGCUGCUGAGCUCGUCCUCUGGGGAGGACAGCCUCCAGAGCUCCAGUCCGUCCCUCGUCCCUCAGCCGAUGGAGACACCAGGUUCUGCUCCACCAGACCGGAUCAGUGCAGGACACGAGGUGGAGAUGUUCGCAGUGAGUCAGCAGGAGGAGGCCUAUGUCACCAUGUCCAGCUUCUACCAGAUCAAGUAGCUGAAGCAGAGCAGCAGAAGAACUGGAUCCAACCAGAGGACCUCCUGGGGCUGGAGCUGCUGGGAUGUUUGUUACAUUUUAGGUUGAUAUACCAAAUACUUUUGUCAAAUGUUUUUGCUCUUUGAAACUCCAGAACUCUUCUUGGAUCAGACUAACGCCACCACUCAGCAAAAGUUCAACAAAAUCAUUUGACUUCCAUUUAUGUGAUCCAGUACUUCAUACCACAGUAUUCUACGGGUUUACUGUAGUACUGUGAUCCAGUACUUCAUAUUAAAAUAUUAUAUAGUUUA